AUGUCAGGAGUAAAUGUGAAACAAAAUAGUCGUUUAUCAGACUUGAUAAACUAUAAACUGAAGGUCUUUACACAGGAUGGUAGGGUCUAUAUUGGAGAAUUAAUGGCUUUUGAUAAAUAUAUGAAUCUAAUUCUGUCUGAUUGUAUAGAAGAAAGAAUACCUCGUGGGCAAUUACUGAAAUUAAAUAGUAAAAAUAAAGAUGUUAUUAAUAGUAUAAAGCCUGAGAGAAGAGUCCUUGGAUUAACUAUACUAAGAGGUGAAAAUGUAUUAUCAACUGUGGUGGAAGAUAAACCAAAUACUACAAAGAGACAAAGGUUACAGGUAGAGAAACAACAGGAAAAGAAAAUUAAAAAACAGAAAAGACAAAAUAAAAACCAGAAGAAGAGUCGUAGUAAUGUUAAUAAUACGGCCAGUAGUAAUCUUAAAUCUAAUCAAAGGGAUGGGAAACCUUCAAAUGUUCCACAACCAAGAAAGUUUCAACCCCCACCAGGUUUCAAAAGAAUAUAG